GGGUUUUGCCAUUGCAUCAUCUACCGCGCGAGCAGCUGUUCCAGCUUCCGAGUUCCCCUAAUCACGUACUUCCAUUCCUCCGCCGCGCUCUCUCUUCUCGGCAAGUGCAACCAUGGAAGUGGAGGCUCCAGUUCCUGCUCCAGCGCCAGUGACUGGUCCGGUGGAAGUCAAGUUGUUUAACCGCUGGAGCUUCGAUGAUGUCCAUAGCAAUGACAUUUCCUUGUCGGACUAUAUCGGCGUCCAAGCGGCCAAGCACGCAACUUUCAUCCCACACACAGCUGGGAGGUACUCGGCCAAGCGUUUCAGGAAGGCCCAAUGUCCCAUCAUUGAGAGGCUGACCAAUUCUCUCAUGAUGCACGGGAGAAACAAUGGUAAGAAGCUGAUGGCCGUCAGGAUUGUGAAGCAUGCCAUGGAGAUCAUCCAUCUCCUAACUGAUCUGAACCCAAUCCAAGUCAUCGUUGAUGCUGUCAUCAACAGUGGUCCUCGUGAAGAUGCAACCAGAAUCGGUUCAGCUGGUGUGGUGAGGCGUCAGGCUGUGGAUAUUUCUCCGCUCAGGCGUGUCAAUCAGGCCUUGUACCUCUUGACCACCGGUGCAAGGGAGUCUGCUUUCCGUAACAUCAAGACUAUUGCUGAAUGCUUGGCUGAUGAGCUCAUCAAUGCUGCAAAGGGAUCCUCGAACAGCUAUGCUAUCAAAAAGAAGGAUGAGAUCGAGAGAGUUGCCAAAGCCAAUCGUUAAGAGAUUUGUGUAUGUUUGCUUGUGUCGCCGGGAAAUGCCUUGAUAAUUUUCCUACUGGUCCUUUAAGUCGAAAGGUUUUUUUUAUGUCAGUUGUUAGUGAAUACCUGGAGUUUGUUUGGAUGUUGGAUGCUACAAUCAUUUAGUUGAUACUUUGAGUAAUUUCAUGCUGUAUCCGACUUUGGUUUUUCUGUUUAUUACUGCAUCCUUAUUUCCUUCUCACCUUAUAUGCCUAUGUCUCGUGGUCUGUUGGUUCAAAAGGUAGCCUUGCGAACUACUCUACACCAUACAGAUAGUUCUUAGUUCUUAGACAGUAUUCAGUACAAUGCAAAGUUGUGAUUAGAAGUGCGGGAAGUUGAGUUGAAUUGUCUUUGUGUCGCGCUCUUAGAUAGAGUCUCGAACGCCAUUUCAGGCAGUAGUUAGUCACAAUUCGGUCUUUUUCUCGUUGUAAUCCCUUUGGCAAUGUGAAUCUCGCUCUUGUGUGUUCAGAAGCUGAACAGCAGUGAAGUGGAUUUUAAGAACAAAGAUUGACAUUGACUGCUGUAGUCAAGUUCUUAGCAAUGUAAAGUAG